GCAGCAGCACCUGCUUGAGACCAAGCCCGGCGACCUGGCAAGGUGGGGCCCCCUACCGCGCAAUCUUUGCGGCUGGCCCCCGGCUCUCAGCUCCGAGUGCAGAGGCUGAAGAGGUACCCGGGGGACACACUGCCUCUAACCCCACGUAUGAGCCGCUCUCCUCUCGGAGGGCGAAGGCACCAUCGGAAGGUCGAGAUUCGCCCUCCUCUCCCGCCACGUCUACCCACUACCCAGACCGGGAGUCUGGACUUGGGAGCGUGAACUCUCACCCGAGCCGGUCCCCUUACAACUGGAGCCCGCCCAGCCCCUCAGUCCCUCCCUGAAGCCCAUGGGUCCCCACUGCUCCGUGCCUCGUCGACCCAGGAUGGGGAGUGGGAAGGUCAGCAUGUGCCCACAGGGCCAGGUGUCCGGCCCAGAUUCCCACCCUCAGGGCGGCGGCGCGCAAAGGGCGCAGUCCCCGCCGCUGGGCGGACCCGCGGCUCCGUCUUUCCCGGUGUCUCCAGCCUCGGUGCCCGGAAUCCUGGAUCUCGGCCUGGCGCUCCGGAAGCGAGGCAGCUCCGUGCCCCAGCAGGGACGGGGAACGGUUGGCUUGAGAGAUCACAUUUCUGGGUGUGGAGAGAAUGUCAAUCACAUAUCCAGAAUAUCACCUCCUUGGGCACAGCCAGGGCAUGGUCCAUUGAAAAUGUUCCUGAUUGCUGGAAGCUGAUGGCGCACCAUAAAAGCCAAAAUGGGGACCUGUCAAAAAUGUAUUAGCCAAACUAUGGCUUGGCUCAGGAAGAUGCCAAGACCAAAGGCUGCUGAACUUUAAGUAUAAACUUGCAUGAAAAGCACAUCGCAGAUCUGAGACAGUGGAGGCUUAGUGGUGAGAACAUGAGCUCUGGAUAGACCUGGCUUCAAGUCUUGGCUCUGUCAUUCACCAGCUGUGUGAAUUUGGGCAAACCACUUUUCUUCUCUGAUGCUCAGUUCCCUCACCUAGCAAAAUGGGUUAUAAUGAUGGCAUCAGCUCAUAAGGUUCAUGAGGACUGAGCUAGAUAAUGCAAACAACAUGUUUCAUAUACAAUAAUAAAUAAAAAUGUUGGCUGUUAAAAUAUUGUCACUGAGUCUACAUGUAUCUGAAACUAGCUCUUUUAAAUCCUGGGUACAGCUUUACAAGCAGUAUUGUAUAGUUUAGACAGAUCACCUGAGUUCUUUCUAUGUAAUUAUUGUUUCUACUGAACCUUGGUAAAUGUGUGAAAUCACAGAAGUUUGUCCCUAGACACUCCCCUCACCCCACUGGCUCCUCUCUCCAUUCUGUGCAACCCCAUUUCUGCAGCCUUGAGCUUCAGCCCAUUUCUCUCCAUUUCCUCCUCAUUAGCAAGAACUGAUAAAAUUAUUUGAACUGAUAUGUAAGUGACCAUCUCAUCCAGAGAUACAGUAUUCACAUUUUAGUAGGUCAGAGCCUUAAGCCAAGGCAGUGAAAUAGAGUGGAUGGUACUUUAAGCAUUCAUCAAAGUAAUGGGGAAAGUUUGGGGUCCCAGGAGACUCUUCCCAAUUCCACAGAGUCCUGCCCAUUCAUAAAACUGGUACUAUUGAUGCAUUAUAAGCAACAAGGUGGUCCGUGUUUGAAUUCUGCAGCUGGAAAAUCAAGUCUCCAGCUUUUGCAAAAGUGUUGUAAUAGGGAAAUUUGGACACUAAUUUUAUAUACCAGCCUCUUCUUGGUAAACAGACACAGCUCAUGAGCACCAAGGCCUUUCCAGCAUUGCACAUCUAUGAUACUUAUACUCAAGUGCAUUUUUUUCCUCAGAGCUCAAGGCUAGAGUUGGGUGUUUUUGCCUCACUGGGUUUGUAGGAGACUCGCUACAAAGUCAUUAAUUGCUUUGGUGAAUCAACAAGUAAAGAAAGACAGUCCAGCUAUUGUCCCCACACUGCAAAAUCAUAAGAGGCUUCUGGACUUCUCCACAAAAUCUUCGUUAAAGAUGAGUCCUCAUGGCUCUUACAGAAUUCUUUAUUAUGUCCUUUGCACUGAGACUGCAAGGUAAAGAAAGAAAAAAGGGAAAUAACUAAAUUUGUUAUCAUGAAAAAUUUCAAACGUAUACAAAAGAUGAAAGAGUUGUAUAAUAUACACCCAUGAACUUGUCAUUCAGCUUUGAAAGUUACCAACUCAUGGCCAAUCAUUUUUCAUCUGUACCCUACUCACACACUCCCCCACCGUAAUUUUGAAACAAAUUCCAAAUAUAAUUUCAUCUGUAAAUAUUUCUGUGAUUGCACCUUUGUUAUGGCCAACAAAAUCCAUCUUUCUAGAAGAGAAGUCAUUCUUCCCUCCCUCCAUGAUGCUAAGAACAUUUGGCCAGUACCUGCAUCCAUGCCCAGGAGUGGUCUCUGGGUUAGGCAAGCUUGAGGGCUUACUGAAUGUUAUCCAAAGUUUGUCCUUUUCCUUGGGUAGAAAAAGGAACCCAUAAAAUGUCUGGUAGAGGUGCCACUAUGUGCAAGCUUUUUUUUUUUUUUCUUUGUCAGCAGGGAUGAUGCUCAAUAGCUGUGAUGAGGUCCAAGCUGAGAGAAAAGAGUCAUGGUCAUGAAUCCCAACUGGAUUCAUCAUUUUCCACAUACUUUACUUCAUUUAGCUUUCACCAAUUCUCAUGUUAGUUCCGUUUUACAGAUAAGAAAACUAAGACCUAAGCUCACCCAGCUAGUAGUUACUUGUGGCAGAGACAGACUAGAUGCUAAUCAAAUUCAGUUCCUCUUUUCUGUAGAUACAGUUAGAUUACUUUCCCAGGUUCUCUUGCACUUAGGUUUGGUCAUCUGACUAAGUUCUAGCCAAAGUAAUAUAGGCCAGUCCCAUAAAAAACAUCUAGGGCAAUUUAGCAUGUUCUUUCUUUCUCCAUCCACUGGCUGAAUGGAAAAAAUUUCAAAGGCUUAGAAGAGGACAGAGCCACAAGAAGGAAGGAACUUGGGUCCCUGGGUGACUAUGUGAAGUAGAGAUCCCUCCCAACUUCCUUUGAACUGUGAAAUACGCAAAAUAAAUA